AUGAAGUCCACCCUGAGGCCUUUGAGGCCACCUGUGAGCCGGGACCGCAUCAUUGCCAGCUUCCCUAAGUGGUACACACCCGACGCCUGCCUGCAGCUCAAGGAGCUCUUCCACGGGCAGGUCAGCUCAGCCUGUGAGCGGAGGGACACAGGGACCGUAGGGCUCAGACUCUCCAAGGUGGUGGUUGUGGGGGACCUCUAUGUUGGGAAGACCAGCCUCAUCCACAGGUUCUGUAAGAAUGUCUUUGACCGUGACUACAAGGCCACCAUCGGGGUAGACUUUGAGAUUGAGCGCUUUGAGAUCGCUGGGGUCCCCUACAGCCUCCAGAUCUGGGACACAGCCGGGCAGGAGAAAUUCAAGUGCAUUGCAUCCGCCUACUACCGGGGUGCCCAGGCCAUCAUCACAGCCUUUGACCUCUCUGACGUGCAGACCCUAGAGCACACCAGGCAAUGGCUGGAGGAUGCACUGCGGGAGAAUGAGCCGGGUUCCAGCAUCAUCUUCCUGGUGGGAACCAAGAAGGACCUUCUGUCAGGGGCAGCAUGUGCACAGGCUGAAACGGAGGCUGUGCGCUUGGCCAAUGAGAUGCAGGCCGAAUUCUGGGCAGUGUCUGCCAAGACGGGGGAGAACGUGCAGGCGUUGUUCAGCCGCGUGGCUGCCCUGGCCUUCGAGCAUUCAGUCCUGCAGGAGCUGGAGCGGAGGAGUAGUGCCCGGCCCCAGGUCGGUGACGCGGGCCUCAUCAGAAUGGAGGGGUGUCCGUCAGAGGCCCAGGAGACUGAGAGGCCCACCAGCUUGCGGUGCUGUUAG